CUUUGUGACAGGGCAACUCAUUACAGAUAAUGCUCUCAUUGCUAUGGAGUGUUUUCAUUGGUUAAAAAAGAAGACAAAAGGGAAGAAGGCUAUGAUGGCCUUAAAGCUUGACAUGGCUAAAGCAUACGACAAGAUGGAAUGGGGUUUCAUAGAAAAAGCUCUUUUGGCAACUGGUUUUCCUCAACAGUUUACUUCUACAAUUAUGAAAUGCAUAUCCACAGUGUCCUAUCAAUUCCUUAUCAACGGGCAGCCCAGAAACAUCAUCUCGAAAAGAGGAAUCCGCCAAGAUGAUAGUCUCCUAUUUUCCAGAGCUAAUCAGAAGGAAGCAGACACAAUCAAACAUGUCCUUCAUUCAUACCAAAUUGCUUCGGGUCAGACGGUAAGCUUGGAAAAAUCUGAAGUGUCAUAUAGCCGAAAUAUGUCUGAAAUUGAGAAAAAUAUGAUCUGUGAUAGGAUUGAUGUAAAGGUUGUGACAUCUCAUUCAACAUACCUUGGUUUACCUGUGAUUUUUGGUAGAUCAAAAAAAGAGAUUUUCUCUUUUGUCAAGGAUCGGGUUUGGAAAAAGAUUAAGGGAUGGAAAGAAAAAUGUCUCUCUAGAGCUGGUAAGGAAACUCUUAUUAAAGCUGUUGCCCAAGCGAUUCCAACAUACACUAUGAGUUGUUAUAAAUUCCCGGUUUGGUGUUGUGAUGAUAUUGAAGCAAUGUUAGCCAAAUUCUAGUGGGGUACUGAUGAAAAACAAAGGAAGAUUCGCUGGCUUAGUUGGGAUAGACUGGGCAAAAACAAAGACAGAGGUGGCAUGGGUUUUAGAGGCCUUGGUGAUUUCAACAGCACUCUUCUGGGGAAACAGUGUUGGAGAAUGAUUAGUAACCAAGAAUCUUUGCUAACCAGAAUUUUCAAAAGUCGUUACUUUCCCAUAACCGAAUUCAUGGAUGCUUCAAUUGGUUAUCAACCCAGUUAUGCAUGGAGGAGUAUGUUCAGCGCUAAAAAUGUGAUUGAAAAGGGAGCUAGAUGGUCUAUAGGUGAUGGUCAAAAAGUGUUAUCGAACCAGGCUGGUUUCAAAAUUUGUAGCCCCAAUGUGUUUUUGGCUGCUGAAGCGCGUGUUAGUGAGCUGAUAGAUACUGAAACUAAAAUUUGGAAGAGGGACCUUAUCAGAAAUGUAUUCUCACCUUUUGAAGCGAAACAGAUUCUCAAUAUUCCAUUAUCUUGGAGAUUGCCUGCAGACAAAAGAAUUUGGCACUAGGAGAAGAAUGGUAGAUAUUCAGUGAGGUCAGCCCAUCAUCUCAUCAAAGAGACUGAUUCAAAGGAGUGUCCAGAAGCUUCAUCCUCAAAUGAUCAAGAACUUUGGAAAGCGAUUUGAAGGAUGAAAGCUCCUCCUAGUGUUCAGAAUUUUCUCUGGAGGUUGGCCAAAGACAUUCUACCAACAAGGAGCAGAUUGCGAAGAAAAGGUGUGCUUAAUGAUACUAUUUGCCCCCUCUGUUUUGAAGAGGAGGAAACUCCAGAACACCUGUUUAUGUGUUGCAGAUUUUCCCAACAAACAUGUUUCUCUUUAACUCUAGGCCUUCAUGUUCCAUCCCAUUGUUGUUUAAAAUUAUGGAUGUCUGAUUGGUUAAAUAAGAAAGAUCACCUAGCUGCGCAGAUUUUUGGCAUUACUCUAUGGAAGAUAUGGCAAGGAAGGAACCAAUUACUAUUUCAACAUCAGCAAUUUAACCCGAUCCAAAUAGUGUUGUCUGCUGUGGAUUUCAUCUAUGAGUUUAAUGCUGCUAACAUCACAGUAGCAGCUGUUAGCCGGGUGAUUAAUUCCCCUGCUAGCUGGUCUCCUCCCCCAUCGGGUGCGUUACAAUUGAAUGUGGAUGCUGCAUGUUUCAAGGACGAAUCUGUUGGGUCCGGAAUGGUGAUUAGGGACAAUAGAGGUGCAGUGGAAUUUGCGGCAACAAAGUUGGAAAAGAGGCAAUUGUCUCCUAACCUGGCUGAGGCUUUAGCGCUUAGAUGGUGUCUCCAGUGGAUCCUAACAACAAACCAAGAGGGUAAAUUCAUCAUUGAAUCGGACUCAGAAGUAACAGUGAACUGCCUCAAAGGUCGUAACCUUUUAGCUGAUGUAGAUAAUGUUAUUUUUGUAGUGAUAUUCUCUCUAAGCUUCCCAAUUGUAAUGUAGUCUCUGUUAAAAGGUCUAAGAAUGUUGUUGCACAUUGUCUUGUUGGCAUGGCAAAACAAUUUGGAUCCUGUUCUUGGGUGGGAUAUGUUCCUGAAC